AGACUUGGUGACUUCGCUGAUGAACCAAUGCGCUGCUAACUAUUCUGACGGACGGCGAAACGGAAUACUCGCCUGAUAGCGCUCGUCCGUGCUCUACCCGCGUUUACGAUUACGGUUUUGUGUUUACUACUCGCGUAUUUUGUGUGAAAGUGACUGAAGUUCAGCCGUAGAAUAUUUCUCGUUUUUUAUACCGAUCCGCCUAGAGGUAGUUAUGGUAUUAAUCAAAGCACCCCGACAGCUUGGAACAAGUGCAAUAAUAUUUAUUCUCGGAUUGAGUGUAACUUUUGCUAACUACACAAGGAUCGUCGGUGACCUACAGCCAUGCCAAAUCGAAGGAGAACCAGUGGCAGUUGACCACAUAGAUAAACUUCGUUGUUUUUCCUGUAUAUGCAAGAAUGGUUUCGUGGAAUGCAGAAAUGAUUACGACUGCCCUCCGAUUAUGGGCUGUCAUUUCCUUGUGGCGUCAGAAAAAAACAGGGAUGGCUGCUGCCAAAGAUGCGAAGGGUGUGUAUACAAAGGAGUUCGUUAUCGAAGUCAUACAGAGUGGACUGAUCCAGGGGACCCCUGUAGGGUGUUGCGAUGUGAAGCUGGUGUGGUAACUGAGUCAGACCUCCAAUGUUAUGCGCCGUGCUCUAAUCCUAUUCCACCCGAAAAGGGAAAAUGUUGUCCAACCUGUCCAGAAUGUAAAUUGAACGGACAAAUCGCUACAGACGAUAGGGACGUGACAUCAGACGAUCCAUGUGUCAAGUGCAGAUGUACAAACCGGGGACUACUUUGCACCAAAAAAGCCUGUCCAGUACUACAGUGUAACAAACACUACCAAAUCCAUCCUCCGGGAGAAUGCUGCCCGAGAUGCCACGGCACCAGGACACUGAUGAAAGUGCAGAACUCCUGUCUACUCCAAAGUAAAUUUCUCAGAGAAGGAUUAAUGUUCAAUAUCGACAGAUGCACGAACUGUACCUGUAUAGACGAAACGUCAAUUUGUAAACGUAAUGCUUGUCCUGUUCUCGAGUGUUCGCCAGAAUUGCAGAGGAAUAUUCCAGGUAGUUGUUGUAAGGCAUGCGCAGAACCAGAGGAGUUCAGGAGUCAGUGCUUCUACCAGGGAAAACUUUAUGAGGAUGGUCAAUCGUGGAGGAUGGACGCCUGCAGGUCUUGUAAAUGUCACAAAGGAAUGAAUAGCUGUGCAAUGAUCAGAUGCAAUGUGACAACGCCUUGUCCAAUAGGGACCAAGCUGGUGCAUAACCCAGGCGAGUGCUGUUCCAGAUGUGAAGAAGUCGAUGGAAUCUGUAUGGUUUAUGGGGAUCCCCAUUAUAAAACAUUUGAUGGAAAACUCUAUACUUUCCAUGGAGUUGGAAAAUACCAACUGGUUUCAGAUUGUGCCAACAACACAUUCUCUAUAAGAGUAGCAAACGCUUAUAGUAAAUCUGUAGCUAGGAGACUACACAACAGACCAUCUCGAGCGGCCACGAAAAGAAUAGCCAUCAAAUAUGGCAGUAUCAGGAUAAACUUACAACAACGUCUUCGUUUGAAGUACAACGGACAACUAAUGAAGCUCCCAUUUGAUGGGGAUGACAAGGUGAAGAUACAAAAAGCAGACGAUAAUCUCCUGGUAACUCUGGACAAUGGUAUCAAGAUUUUGUGGUCCGGCAAAAGUUUCUUGGAGGUUUCGGUGCCAGCACGUUUCAAAAACAAGCUUUGCGGAUUAUGCGGUAACUUCAAUUCUAAUGCGCAGGACGACUUUAGAAUGAAGAAAGGUAGAAUUGCGAAGGACAACGAAGUCCAAAGUUUCGGGGCCUCUUGGUGCAUUGGUUCUAGAAUAAACUGCACCAAACAGUCGAAACAAUUCGAUCACGCAUGCGUUAGUCCAAAAAUCGAACAAAAAUACUGCAAAUAUAUGACUGAUCCGUCUGUUGUUGGAAACUGUAAUUCCGUUCUGAAUGUCAUCAAGUAUUACAAAACAUGUAAAAUGGAUAUGUGCAACUGUGGUACACAAAAGUGUUACUGCGAAAAUCUUAUGGCAUAUGUGAGGGAAUGUCGAAGGCUUGGCGUUCAACUUCCGAACUGGCAAAAGAACAGUCUAUGUUAUGCUGCUGCCCCAAAGCGCAGAAAAUCUACUACGAAGGAAAUAUCCUCGAUUUUUUCACCUGCGGAAAUUGAGAGAUAUAAGCAACUCGCGAAGAAUAGAUCGAUCACUCAUAGAAAACCUUUACCGACAAUUUCUUGAAGGAUCUUGUUCUCUUCUCACUAGUCAUUUUCAGUAUUUAAAAGCCAUAUAGAUUGAUGUAAUUGAAAGUUGUAUAUAUGUAUUUCACUUUGGAGUUUUUCGUGCUUUAAAAUUGAAAAGACGCACGAACAGCUUGACAAUUCGUUAUUUAUUAUAGGAUGCUUUUGUCAAUUCGGUUGAGCUCAAACAUAUCGAUAAAAGCUUUCAUUGAAGACAUUGCAAUGAAAUAUUUUAGAGAAUGUUUAGAGGUCAACCGAAUAUUUGAGUUCGACAUGAUCAAAUACCAUACUUAGGCUGAAAAUUGUUUACGCGAACAAUUAUUCUGUAUAUACGUUUUAGUAUUUUAAUUUAAUUGUUGUCAGUUAAAGAUCUCCACUACUUUGAAUGAGUUGAAAUUCAUUUGAAUCGUUCCUAAUUAUUGUACAAUUUUUUAAUUAAAGGUAAGUGUUGUUUUGCUUCGCUGAUGUAUAUUUUUUAUUUGAUACUUGUUGAUAGUUUUUUCCUUUAAUCACAGGUUAUGUCUAAGUAUCAAAUUAAUUCAUAACAAUUUGUUUCUUGAUGAAACCUAGAUUAGUGUUAUCACUAUUGGAAGAGAAUAGGAAAAUUGAAAAUUAUUUGCGUUCUAUGAAUGUUUUCCCUGGUACACAUUAAUCACACUGAUUUUGUAUAUGACUAAUUUCAAUUGAAUAUUGAGUCAACGUGACUCUCUAUAAUUUUGCGAUGUAAUUAUUGUUGUCAUUUGACUAAUUGUACAAUCUUAAUAAUACUGAGAAUGAAUCUCCAUAUUAUCAGUACAGUAUGUUGACGAGGAAAUCGUUGUAUGUACUUAGAAUUUUUCUUUCAAUCUGAUUAUUGAUUGAAUCAUCUGUAUCGAUAUGAAAUGUAAUACUUGAAUGAUUAAUUUAAACUAUUUAUUUGUUUUGUAAUAUUAUGCAAUAAAUGAGUAUGAAAUAUG